GAAGUGCUGUGCAAAGGCGAUCUAUUGAGACAAAGCCACUUUUGGUCGAGCCGCUCGAUUUUUCAGUACCAUGCUGCAUGCCUUUGCCUCUCUUCAUCCCUCGCUUGCUCCACUACUCCCUGGCCUCUCCCCCCUCCCUCUACAUCUCCCCUGUCCUCGCUGUUUGCAUGUCUUGCAUUCAGUAACCUCUUCCUAUAACUCAGACCAGAUCCCACAGACACACAUAGAGAGAGCCCUCAGUUCUUCCUCUUCCACUCACCCAUCUGCUGUCCCAAGCGACGAUGAAUUUGUUCGAUUCCUACUCAGCUGGCAUCCCUCAAAUCCAUCGACCAAAAGAGUCAUUGCUGGCAUCACUGCGAGGACGGGAACUCGGUGUAAACCGGGGCAAGUCCUCAGUGAUUGCUUCCCGGAGACUCUACCGUUCAAUCUACCCCAAUACUACCAUCCACGGAGUGGAUUGUCAAUUUUCCAACCUCAAAAAGUUUACGCCAUGCGGACAGUACUUAAUAGGCAUGUCAAAGAACCAGCGAGCAGUGCACAUCUAUAGCUUCAAGGGCUCAGGAGGACCACCCGAGGACCGCCCAGCAGAGUCGCUUAACUUCAAAGAUUUCUUUGAGUUGAAGCAUGAGACGGUCGUCCUGAAGGAGUCUGAGAUGCUCUCAAAGGACUUUUGCUUGGUGACUGCGAACGGGCGCUUUAUCAUCGUCGCCGCUGUAUCGCCUUGCACAGGGGUAUCAUCAGACGGUCGCGCGUAUCCAUGCUCACUCAAUUGUAUACCCAACCUGGACACGGUCGUGUUUUAUGUCAUUGAACUCGUGACAGGAAAGAUCAUCGACAAACGGGAGUUCAAAAACGAGUACAUCACCAUUGCUCAUCAUACGGGUGUGAGUCUCUACGACUCGCUCUUUGCCGUCAUGCUUAUCCAGAGUCAGGCCAUUCAGAUCAUCCAUAUCAAGAACAAUGGAAAAUUAAUUGACCUUCAUCGGAUAGGCUGGUUCAACCACGACGACGACGAAUUGGUGCUGGCUCGAUAUCGUGACUUCAACGAACAGUUUAUUGCACAGCAAACCAUAAAAUCCACUUCGCCAUUCUAUCAUCAUGGAUACAGUCUGAAGGAUGAGGAAUCGGGUGAUCCAAGGGCCAAGGACCGAUUCGAGUCUUUUGCACUCGCGCCAACCAUGUCAUCAAUGGCAGAGUUCUCUGCAGAUGCAACAUACCACCAAGUGCCCUCUAGUUCCAGCAGCAGUAUUGGCAUUCCAUCCAGGAUUAAUCAGGCCAACUACUCGUACAUCUCACAAAUGGCAUACAAUCAAUCAUACUAUGAUGAGCCGCACGCUCAAACAAUAAGCGGGAUCAAACAGCGAUUGAUGGCGCAUCUAUUCAGGAAGGCGUUCAAUGCUGAUGACGGGGGAGCUGCACUGCGACACUUUCAUCUGACAUUCCAGCAGUUUGCAAACCUGGUUAUGUGGCGGAUGCAGUUCUUGGACGAGUCGACUAUGCUUAUCAAGUUUGGAAAACUGGAUUGCGUUGUUGGAAGGCAAGCGGAUAGUACGUACCAAACAGCUUUCUUUGUCUUCUAUGACAUCCGAACUACGGAGAUCUUGGCAGUAUACGACAACGCAUCAGAGGAAUUUCUGCGGCUAUACGAGGCAUGGGCAGACCAAUUCUGUGCCACAGCGUAUACGACGGCUGGAAGGGGCAAACGGCAUUAUUCAUCCACAUGCUCCAACAACAUUUAUGCCAAGGACCACUUGAAAAAGACGCAGUACGGGAUGAGGCACGCACGGAACGGGGGAACGGCCCAAGCGGUAAAGCGAUCUCUUUGUGUGCUUCCUUAUAGCCCACAGUCUCUGAGCGAUAGUCCAUAUCUCGAUCAGGCCCUAUUCAGCUACGACGAGAAAGUUAUAUCCGCAUCUGAUCGCCAACGACCGUGCCAGGACUUUCCGAUCAAGUUUUAUCUUCGUGGCAGCGGCGAGCUAAGGUUCAAGAUCCAUUUAUUCAAGCCAGGCAUGAUCAGCAGCACCAGCACCAGUAGCAGCAGCAAUGGCGGCGUCAGCAACAGCUCGAACAAUAAUACCGCUGGAGUCAGCAAUAAUACUAUUAAUGCAUUGAAUGGAAAUAUCAUUAAUACUGGCGGAACUAAUACUAUCGGCACGAACAACAACGCAGCGGCUGCAACAACGGGAACAGGAUCGGGCGGCAUGAUGCGGUCAAAGCGAUUUGCGACGUUUAUUGCACAUCCGUUUGAGCCAUUCAUUAUCUCUAUCAUUCAAUAUCACUUGCAGCCCACGGUUCUGAACCUGCAUCUCUACCGUCCAGAUGCGGAGCCAUUGUAAAAUAUCCUUUGUAGAUCCAGUAAAGCCUAAAAAGUGACUGUUUGAGCACUAUAAACACAUC